AUGUCUCGCCGGAGCACCAGAUCGAAGAAGGAAGUCAGCUACAAAGUUGCUGAUCCAAUCGAGGUCGAAGAGAUCGUAUCAGAUCCAGAACCUGUCGAGAAACCCCCAUCAGAACCAAAGGUAAAGCGAGGUAGGGGUCGACCAAGAAAAUACCCAUUACCAGAAACCAGUAAGAAUAAAGAUGCAGGUGUGCCUGAAAAUUUAUUGAAUGUCAAAUCUCAAACAAAGAAACCUAAAAGAAUGUUGGUGGAUGUAAUAUUUAAGAAGAAGAAGGGUCCAGAGAAACAGGUACAAGAGCAAAAGGAAAAAGAAAAAGAAGAAGAAGAAGAAGAAGAAGACAAUAACGAUGACGAUGAUGAUGAAGAUGAUGAAUUUUCUCCUAUGAAUGUCGACUCUGGCUCUGAUAGUGAUGAGGAAUUUGUUCCUGAUGAGGAUGAAGAGAUUGAAGAGGAAAAUCUCGAGGAAGAUAAAGAGUCGAAAGAAGAGAUUGUUCAAGACGAUGAGGAUCUCCAGGUUGUGGAAGAAAUAGAAGUUGAACUAACCAGGUCGAAAAGAAAGCUGGAGGCCAAAGAACCAAAAACUAGGGUGACGAGGGCCAAUCGCAAAUCUAAAGACAAUAAUAAGAGCCCAACCAAAAGUCAAGUUAAACUGGAGAUUGAACAACCCGAACUACUUGCAGAUGAGGGUGAAAGUGCUUUGGAUUUGAUUGAUUCUUAUUAUGCGGCACCAGGCGAUUUCGGGACAAAACCUUUGUCUGGUAAGUUCCGGCUUAUCAAUUUUUACGGUGAUAAUGUCCAAAUGAGUUUGAGUAUUGCGAAAUAUAAUAUGGAAUGGCGACAAUCACACUUCACUAUGAACAAAGAAGUGCUCAUUAAGCUUCACGAUGAGCAUACAAGGGGGAAAUUCACCUAUAAUUACAAGAAAUAUUGGAACGUGUGCGAUGAACAUUUCAAAAAGCUCGCCAAAUUUGAAUCGCUAGACCAAAAUCAAUACGCUGAAUUAUUGGGGGAUCACAAGGAUGAUGAGUUACAGAUUCAGGUGAAUAUGAAUGAAGAAAUUAAGAAGAUGAAAUAUGAUGAAAUAUUGAAACUUGAAGAUGACACGGUAGAUAAGUCUAGAGAUUCAUUUGUAAUUAACGUUAAUGGGGUCGUCACUUGUCUCGAGUGGUUGAACAAUGAUUAUGAAUAUCAAUCGCAUGAUAAUUAUUUAUUUGUCGGGGUGGCACGGAAACAUGAUAACAAGAAACAAGUUUUAAUUGAUACCAAUCUUUCUAUUUUCCAACAACGCUACAAUGAGGACUACCCGUCAUUUUUAAAGUGCUUCAAGUUUAAUAAUGAAAGCAAAACUUUGCAAUUACAUAAAAUCUGGGUAUUUUCAGGGUACGGUCCUAUCAGAUCCAUGAAAUUUGUUCCUCUAAAACCAACCCCAGAUCAUCUUGGAUUGUUGGGGGUAUUAUUCAGUGAUGGGGUGCUUCGAUUUUUCAACGUAGACCAGAAUUCCAAAAGGUCUGAUGAGGUGGAGAUAAUGAAAGUGGUUGAACCGGCAUUUAAAAUCAAAGUCCCCAAUUUUCAAUUCAUUACUUGUUUUGAGUAUCUUAAUAGUGAAUCUAUCAUCAUUGGGACGAAUUGUGGAUAUAUUGGAGAAUUCCUGUUUUGUUCAACUGAUGAUAAUGCUGAUGAAGAAGAACAAGGGGUCCCGACAUUUUUCAUCAAGAAACAUUCAGACUAUGUGUAUCGUAUAAUAAUUCAACCACUGAUUAAAAAAUUUUGCCCGACGUUGAUCCACUCAGUUAGUUAUGAGGGGACUUGGAAGGUUACUGAUUACGACAACAUUCACCUUUCUAAUAGUUGUGAAAGAUGGCGAUUCAUGCUUCAAAACAUGGUAUUCGACUACAUCCCAUCGUUGUUCUCUGUUGUUUAUACUGCCGGUGAUGCUGUCAAGGGCGGUAGUACGAGAAACAUGAAGUGGAUUAAUGCUCUGUACAUACGGCACUUGAAUAAUUCCAUCCCCACAUCGUUUGCGUCUUCCAAUUGGCAUCCUUUCGUUAUGAGUGGUGCUAAUAAUGGAGAGAUUAUUGUCACCAACGGCGCGGAUUCGCCUCUCCAACUGACAAAGAUGACAAAAUAUGUAGAUCAAUUCAAGGUAUGGAAAUUUGAGUAUUCGUCGAACACUGACACUUUCAAACUUGGCAAUAGGAUCACCAAAAGAGGAUUUAUCAAAACUCAGUUAAGACCUGCCGAAAGGAAAAGGAAGCUAAAAAAGUUGGAGACCGUUCACAAAAAAUUACAAAUGAUUGACAUCAACGCCAUUGAUGAUGUGGGACCCCCACCAAUAGAGAAAACUGUGCCGCCGCUUGAAAAAAUCAAAAAGUUGGAUGAUUUCUUAGAUGAUGCAAAUUAUGAACCGUUGGCUACUGUAAUUUACCCCGCAGAGGCGGUAGUUUCUCAUUUAAAAUGGUGUGAAAAUGUUCAAGGUUUCAAUUGGUACGCGGCGAGCUUGCCUCGAGACUUGGUGGUCAUUGAUUGUAUAGCAGCAAGGAAUGAGGACAUACUUUGA